UCCCCAUGCCCCGCCCUCAACCUCUGCCUUCCACCGCGUUUGUAACAUGUCGGCAGAUGUGGAUACUCUUUGUGGUGACAUUCGACGGCCUCUAGAUCCCAAUAAAUGCAAGAGAGGGUGGGAAACUCAAAGGGAAUACUGCUACUGGAUUCCCAAAGCAGAUAUAGUCGGCGAAAUACCGAAAGAUUUGCGAGGAACUCUGUUUCGCAAUGGCCCCGGUCUUCGCGAAGUCUAUGGCACUCGGUUAAAACAUCCAAUUGAUGGAGAUGGAAUGCUUUGUGCUGUGACAUUCCAAGAUGGUCAAGUGCAUUUUCAAUCCAAAUUUGUAAACAGUAAGCAUCGGCAGGAAGAAAAUGCCAAGAAACAGUUUCUGUAUCAAGGUCAGAUGGGAACAAUGCCGUCCCAUUCAACUUUAAAGGCCUUUGGAACUCUUUUGACAUCCUGGAGAUUUCCACCAAUCAAAUUUCGCAACCCGUCCAAUACAAAUUCAUUUUACUGGGGUGGCAAGGUACUGACAAGUUACGAGACUGGAGUUCCCUACUGUCUGGAUCCACACACACUGGAGACUCUGGGUCCUGACUAUCUGAAUGGUCAUUUACAGCUUGGAUGCUUUGCUGCUCAUUUUAGAAUUGAUUCAGAAAGAAAGCGACUUGUGUGCAUAAGCCACCGUCCAGGAUUUUCACAGAGGCCCAGUUUGGCAGUGUACGAGUUUGAUCCGUCAUGGCAGCUCUGUCAGAGGCAAGUCCAUCACAUUGAAGGACUGAAUUACGCUCACGAUUUUAUCCUUUUGCCAGACUACUAUGUGUUCCACAUGACGCCUUUUGUGAAGGGAACAUGGUGGACCCAGGCAAAGAUUCAUCUUGGGUUGAGUUCCCCGGGGGAGGAAAUGCGAUAUUACCCAGAAUUGCCUUCUCGCUUUGUCAUCAUACCACGACAUGGCAGUGGUGAUAGCGCAGGUGUAAUACUGGUUGAUACGGAUCCCUGUCACAUUUUCCAUUUUGGCACGGCUCAGCAGGAUGGGAACAGAAUUGAGUUCUCCGCGGUGUGUCUGGACACAAAGUUCGACAUGACAUUUGAUAGCGAGAUUUGGCUCAGCAACACCUCAGUCUCCCCGGGUCUCGCUUACAAAUUCACCAUCGACUUGGACACUAAGCGCUGUACUCGAACACAAAUUGAUCGUGCGAGCGUGGAGUUCCCUUCCACGCAUCCAUACAGGCAUGGCAUGCGAGGCACGCGUUAUAACUACUUCAUGGCGUGCGACAGGCCAGGGUUUAACCUCCCUUAUAGGGAUGUGGUGAAGUUGAAUGCUGAAAAUGGGGAGCGUCAAGUCUGGUACUCUCACGGUUGCCUGGGCGAACCUGUGUUCGUGCCCCGACGAGGUUACGAUUCGUGGCGAGAAGGCGACGAAGAUGAUGGCUACGUCAUCGUUCAAGUGUACAUACCGGAAAAGCACCUAACCGAGUUCUGUGUGCUGGACGCAAAGGAUGUUGGGAAGGGCCCCUUGGCACGCAUCAAACUGAAGCACCAUGUACCUUAUGGUUUCCAUGGCACCUUUACGCCAGAGGUUUUCAGGAACGGACCCAGGCUAAUCGCUAAGUUGUGAUAGAAUAUAACAAAUUGCAAAAGCAGGCUUCUAAAAAACUUGAAGCUUGAUGCAGUAAAUAAUUAAAUUAUUUUAUGCCUACACGGUAAUGUAAAAUUACCCGUAGAGUUCAGCUAAUUUUCAUCGCAUGGUUUUGAUAAUAAUUUAAUACAUGUGGUAGUUGUGAAAUACAUGUGGCGACGUUGCCGGAUAUAGCAGCAUUUGAUUGAGGCACUUAUUAAAAUUAUAAAUUAAUAAAUAGAAUUAAAAACUUUGGACUAUC